AUGGAUUUCACCCAGCAAACUCGUGCCUGCUUCACUUGCGGCCAGACCACCCACCAGGCUCGCGACUGCCCCCAGCGUGGUGCCUCGAAGUGCUACAACUGCGGUAACGAGGGCCACAUGUCCCGUGACUGCCCCGAGGGCCCCAAGGACAACAAGGCCUGCUACCGGUGCGGUCAGCCUGGUCACAUCAGCCGUGACUGCCCCAGCAGCGGUGCUGCCGGUGGUGGCGGCCAGGGUGGUUCCCAGGACUGCUACAAGUGUGGAAAGAUCGGCCACAUUGCCCGCAACUGCCCCGAGUCUGGUGGCUUCGGCGGCGGCUACGGUGGUGGCGGUGGCGGCUACAACGGCGGCGGCGGUGCCGGUGGUGCCGGCCGCACUUGCUACUCGUGCGGUGGCUACGGCCACAUGUCUCGCGACUGUGUCCAGGGCUCCAAGUGCUACAACUGCGGUCAGACUGGCCACUUCUCGCGCGACUGCCCCAAGGAGUCUACCUCUGGUGGCGACAAGAUGUGCUACAAGUGCCAGCAGACUGGCCACAUCCAGAGCCAGUGCCCCAACGUCUAA